CAGCUCCUCAAAAAUAUGUUCCGCAAAUUGGAGAUCGAGAUGGAGGGAGAGAAAGUUUAGGAUAGACAAGCGCUGUCGCUUGCAUCCAGCUCACUCCAAAUUCACAUGCUAUGAGACGCGUCGACCAUCCACCGCACAAUGGAACUCUCUUCCUCCCUUCAAAAGCUCGGCGCAUAUCAGCCUCGUAAGAAUGACAAGUCUCAACAACUGCUCAGCCGAAAGGAUGCUUUAUUGAAGACAUACGUUGCGCAAGGCGACGAAGGAUGGGACCUAAUAGAGAAGUUAGCCUUGGCGGCAUUGGACCAGGGAGAGGUGCAGGUCGCUGAUGAAUGUUUGAAGUUGCUGUCGGACAAGUUCCCUGGAUCUCCUCGAGUGGAGGUACUUACAGGAAUCCGCAUGGAGGUCACCGAGUCUUCAGAGAUCGCUCUCUCAUUCUAUGAUGAGUUACUUGCAACUGAUUCCAGCAAUGCGGCUAUUUGGAGGCGGAAGGCUGCUGUGCUUCGAAGGCAAGGAAAAAUAGACCAAGCAGUGCAAGAACUGUCCUCGAUGCUAGAUACCUUUUACACGGAGGUUGAAGGCUGGAUUGAGCUAGCUGAUCUAUAUAACUGUUGUCACCAGUAUGCAUAUGCCUUACAGUCAUUAUCGCAUGCACUUCUUCUUGCUCCUCAGAACCCUUUCCACUUCCUACAAUUUGCCGAAACUGCCUAUCUGGCGUUAGAUAUACCUCUUUCACUGAAGAUGUACCUCCAAGUCGUGGACAUGACAGACGACGACGACGAGGAUCUCGCGCCUAUUGACUCCAUACCUACCGGAAUUACUCUGCGGGCUUGGCUCGGAGUGAAGCUUUGUACCCAUAAACUUCUCACAGAGCCUCGCUUGGUCAACUCAUCACCCUCGCAGACCGCUCCACCAACGACAUCGAAUCUGUCAUCUCUCGAUGAACUAUCAACCGAACGACUUCGGACGGCGUACCUUAACACGACAGGAGAGUCCCCGCCGAAAGCAGACAAGGCUUUCAUUGAUGCCAUGGCCAAGAUCAUCCAGUAGAUUGCUGUAGUUCUCUUAUGAUACCCACUGAAUAUACUGGUCUCUUUGGAUGACGACAUUGAGCCGAAUAAUUGCCGGGAUACUUGAAGCGUAUCA